CAGCCUUUUCCCUGAGAGAAUAAAAAGGCUGCGCACUCCGCGCUGAGCUAGUACUAAUAUUAAUACUGGAUGAAUUUAGGCAUUGUGCAAGCUGUAACCUUGACCGCAGUCAUCGAAUGACCAGAGGGACCAAGUAUGAUCGUGAGCCUUUUGGGCCUCACCCUUUCAUUAAUGACCCAUGGGUCCUGCAAGAGGUCGAUCCUGCCAGAACGGUGGUAGACUUGGCCAUGUCAGAGCUAUCUAAAUGUAUACGACGUCGAGAUGACUGGUGGAAUCUAUUUAAAUGCCCGGAAACCCGCGCUCAGUGGGCCGCCGAAGCUCUCGUUGAGCCAAUGACCGUGCGAGCACCAGGUCGCAACCUCAAAGUGUGGCUGACUCCUAAUCAGGUUGAAUAUGUUCUAGAGGAGUUGCAGGGCUAUGCAAACCUCCGCGACGCUGAGAAUAAUUGUCAGGUUUCUUGCUUUGAGCGCAUUUGGGAGUCUCAAGCAAUACUUGACAACUCAGCGCGCGCAAGCCUCAAUUGUCAACUUUCUCGCUUUCUGGAAACACUUCCAGACAAACUGGCACGGCGCGAGGGAGACGAACUAACGCGUCGCAUUAUAGAUCCAUACCUUUACCCUUUCAUUUAUGAUCGGACGCUUGCUUACGACUCAGCUAAAGAAGGGUUUCUUCGUCCUGAGCUAGUGCCCAACAUUACGGACACGACCACCACAGAUUUUCUCUCGCAAAAAUUUGCAUGUUUGCCUUGUGACUUCCUUAUCUCAGCUCAGGACGGUACAACAAAGGCGCUCUCCUACAUAAACAACCUCCACCCUUGCUACUCUACGCUCUAUCGCCACCUUGAGGAGUUGCUCUCGAAAUGUGUUCCUAUGUUUGAGCACGUCCUCACGGACUUGCAUGUGGACAACCCGGUCAGAGCGCGAAUACAAGAACCUUUGCCGUCGGAGUGGGACGAGCCAGAGCCUCCGGAUUUCUCGGGCAGCUCCGUGGAUUGGUCUGUGUUUGAGAGCAAGAAGCGACAGUGGAUCAUGCACAGGUCGAUUGUACCUGAUGUCCCGAGUACCGGUUACCCAGGUGGGCUUGAAGAACGCCGAAGUGUUGUGCAACUCAGGGGGAAGACCCUUCAAGUCAUACAUGACGUGUACGAUAUUUGCAUUAAACCAGGCGGCCCUGCAUUUCAGGGUUCUCCAUGGCGUGUAGAGGGCAUGAAGAACGAACGCAUCGUCGCCUGUGUCCUCUAUAAUUCGUCGAGUGAGAACAUUACCCCUAACUCGAUCGAAUUUCGCAUGGCUGUUAAGACACCACCUGCAUUUCCCAAGAAAGGAUACCAGGACGUAACAAUGAAGACCUGGGGUUUACAGACAAGAAAACCUUGUCAUCAGUAUAUUGGCGCUGUCCCGAUUCAGGAAGGACUAUGCAUCGCGUAUCCUAAUAUCUAUCAAUAUCAUAUUACACCAUUCUCAUUGGCUGAUCCGUCAAAGGAAGGGCACCAACGCAUCAUCGGGCUGUACUUGGUUGAUCCAAGUAUUGCGCCGCUGGCGUCCACACAGAGAGUCCCACCCCAACAGAAGACGUGGACAAGGUUAGGCCUCGAGAAGGGAACUCGUGGAAUCUUUGCAGUGGAGCUAGUUGAUAAAGUGCUCGAUGAAGUGGACGGAGUCAUGGAUAUGGAUGAAGCGGUGAAGUAUAGAAACAGUAUGGUGAAGGAACGAACUAGGUUGUCGGUGUUGAAUGACGUGCAGCGCUUCAAUAUUCCAUGCAACAGCUGAUUAUCAGGUAAGCUACAACGACAGGUAUCCUAAUAAGCUCGCUCUUGAUCUUCUAUAUGUCCAUUAUUAGAAGGGUGUAGAUAGACUCUUGUACCACUAAAUUACUGUUGGGUAUAUCCUUGAGGGUUCAUCGACUGCCAGUUCCAUAAAUCUCGGCACAUAACCUCCAGAGGCUGCGGUGCCUUGAAGCCCAGUUCCCUUUCGGCCAGCGCAGGAUCCGCAGUAAGAUCAGGAACAUCACCGCGGCUG